UUGACUUUUGAUAGCGAGAACCUUCAUUCUUUGAAUGCUUGAUACUUGACCUGUCUUUCUUUCACAUCUCCUUGUCUUUCCCCUUCUUUUCAUGAGCCGGACUUUGGUGUUUCACCGUGCGAAAGGAUCGAAGUGAUGGAGUCCCAGCUCCCAAACAAACUCCCUUUCUCCAAAAAGCCACUUCGCGCCAGGGUGAUUAUAUCGUACAUCCUAGACUAUGUUAUCCUAGUUGCCCUUGUCAUCGGCUUCUUCAUACUCGAUAAAGUCGAGCCCCACCAUCAGCACUUCUCCCUCCGAAACUACACCCUUCAAUAUCCCUUCGCCGAACAUGAGAGCAUCCCGAUGUAUCUAGCCCUCGCCAUCACCGGCGGUGUCCCCAUCGUCGUGAUAGCAGUAUAUACGAUUGUCAUAGAUGGGCUGUUUUCGCACCACAAGCCCACCAAUCCUGCCACUGGACGAAGGAAGGUGAUGGGGAGGUAUCGGCUGAAGGAUCGCCUUUGGGAAUUGAACUGCGGGAUUCUUGGCCUGUUUCUGUCCCAGGCCGCCGCUUUCGUUAUCACGAGCGCCCUGAAGAAUGCCGCGGGGAAGCCUCGACCGGACUUCAUUGAUCGUUGUCGCCCACGGCCCGGGAGCGAGGACGCACCAGUUUUUGGGCUGUCGAAUUCAACUAUCUGCACCCAAACUGACAACGCUAUCAUGAAAGAUGGAUUUAGAUCCUUCCCUUCUGGACACAGUAGCUCUGCAUUUGCCGGACUCUUUUACCUUUCGCUCUAUCUUGCGGGCAAGCUUCAUGUUUUGGAUAGUCGAGGAGAAGUUUGGAAGACCUUCGUGGUCCUAAUGCCCACACUUGGCGCGGGGCUGGUUUCCGUGUCGCGAAUCAUGGACGCCCGCCACCACCCAUUUGACGUGAUAUCAGGAUCGUUGCUGGGCAUUUUAUGCGCAUGGAUGUCUUACCGACAGUAUUUCCCGUCUAUUACGGAGGCAUGGAAGAAGGGAAGAGCACAUCCCAUUCGGACCUGGGGAACUAUCCCUCAGCCUCCAGAAUUAGUCGAACGACGUCGUUUCGAACUUGACGACGAUGAUGAUGACGAAGCUAAACCCAUGGCCCCACGAGACGAGGAGUAUCAGGGGGUAACGUCCGCUAGGCCGCCAAUGUUUCCUUCACAGCGACGAGAGACUGAGUUUUCAGCCGUCGGCGACAAUCCAUUCCAACCUCCACGGGCGUACUCAAGACGAAGACGUGAUGACGUAGAUCCUAACUACUCGUCAUCUAGUGGUGAUUCACAUGGCGGCUACGAGAUGCAAUCAGCUUACAAGGGAGGAACCCAAGCAAGCGAAUCCCAAGAGCGUUUGGAUUCGGGCCGUCCCACAGAUAUCGCCUUUCAUUCAUCGUCCCAACGAAGGCCGUCGUCGCCCAGCCCACUCCGUCGAUGAUGGCAUAUUAUAUUUGCUUAUAUUUCGUUCCAUCUUUGGGAAAUGAGUUCAGAGAUAAUUCGGCAGCUGGAGUUUUUAUUGUCAGGCGCUUCUUCUUGCUUAUUUUCACACUGCAAUUUUCGGCUUAAGGUUUCGUGGGCUGGGAAAUUGGGAAUUUUGUGUCUCUUUUUUGAGCAUUAUGAUGCACGAAGCCUUGAUCUUGCAAAGUCUAACCUUAUUACUGUAUGUACGCCAAAGC